UCACGUACACCCCCGAUCAGAGCCCUUCCUUUUUCACGCCCCCACACAUUCUCACUCGCUUGCACUCAGUCCCCAGGAGGGAUAAACCGACCUUCAAAGUGACCACCGAAUCUGAGCUCGGAGCUGUGAAACCCUAAAAAACUGGCGUACGUAGCACAAGAAGACCGAGAGAGAGGACAAAGCGAAGUUCAUCAGGACCGCUUCAUUUACUUCUCCAAAGUCCACUCGCAGUUCACUGCACUUUAUGCUUCCUAGAAAGAGAGCGGCGGGAGCGGAGGCUGUUCAGACCACCACCGAAUCCUCGCCUAAGAAGCAUUGCACGGCCGUCACCACGGGGAACUCUAGGAGCAACGACGAUAACAACAACUCGAUCGCCGACACCAAAGACCAUAUCAUGGCUUUGGGAAAUGGGGAUUCGAUUGAUAUUGACGAAGAUCUCCACAGCCGUCAGCUUGCGGUCUAUGGCCGUGAGACGAUGCGCCGGCUUUUUGCCUCCAACAUUCUCAUUUCCGGCAUGCAAGGUCUCGGUGCCGAGAUCGCAAAGAACCUUGUUCUUGCGGGUGUGAAGUCCGUCACUGUGCAUGACGAAGGUGCUGUGGAGCUGUGGGAUCUAUCUGGGAAUUUUAUUUUCUCAGAGGAUGACGUGGGGAAAAAUCGGGCCCUCGCUUCUGUCAAGAAAUUGCAAGAGUUAAAUAACUCUGUGGUCGUUUGUAGUUUAACAACAACAGAAUUGACUAAGGAACAACUUUCCCAUUUUCAGGUGGUAGUUUUUACUGAUAUUAGCUUGGAGAAAGCAAUUGAAUUUGAUGAUUACUGCCAUAACCAUCAACCUCCAAUCUCCUUUAUAAAAUCUGAAGUGCGAGGUCUUUUUGGUAGUACAUUCUGUGACUUCGGCCCUGAGUUUACAGUUUUUGAUGUUGAUGGAAAAGAUCCACAUACAGGCAUAAUUGCAUCUAUUAGCAAUGACAACCCUGCUCUUGUGACCUGUGUUGAUGAUGAGAGGCUUGAGUUUCAGGAUGGAGAUCUUGUUGUGUUCUCUGAGGUCAAUGGAAUGACAGAAUUAAAUGAUGGAAAGCCAAGGAAGAUAAAGGAUGUAAGACCGUACUCAUUCGCUAUUGAGGAGGAUACCGCAAAGUAUUCUGCAUACGUGAAAGGUGGUAUUGUGACACAGGUGAAGCAACCUAAGGUAUUGAGCUUCAAGCCUUUGCGAGAAGCACUAAAGGACCCUGGCGAUUUCCUUCUAAGUGACUUCUCCAAGUUUGAUCGUCCACCACUCCUACACCUGGCAUUUCAGGCGCUUGAUAAAUUUCAGUCAGAGUUUGGACACUUCCCAGUUGCUGGAUCAGAGGAUGAUGCUCAGAAAUUCAUUUCUUCUGUCACUAGCAUGAAUGAUGCCUUAUCAGAUGGGAGGCUCGAGGCGAUUGACCAAAACCUUCUUCGUCAUUUUGCAUCUGGUGCUAGGGCUGUGCUGAAUCCCAUGGCUGCCAUGUUUGGUGGUAUUGUUGGACAGGAAGUUGUGAAGGCUUGCUCUGGGAAGUUUCAUCCUCUUUUUCAGUUUUUCUACUUUGAAUCAGUCGAGUCUCUUCCCUCAGAACCCUUGCUUCCUAGUGAUUUGAAACCUUUAAACAGUCGUUAUGAUGCACAAAUUUCGGUGUUUGGAUCCAAGAUCCAAAAGAAGUUGGAGGAUGCAAAAAUAUUUGUUGCAGGAUCUGGUGCACUAGGGUGUGAAUUUUUGAAGAAUUUAGCUUUGAUGGGAGUUUCUUGCGGUAAACAAGGGAAGUUAACAAUUACUGAUGAUGAUGUAAUUGAGAAAAGUAACCUUAGUAGGCAGUUUCUCUUCCGGGACUGGAACAUUGGACAGGCUAAGUCAACAGUAGCUGCUUCAGCUGCUGCUUUGAUAAACCCUAGUCUCAACAUUGAAGCGCUGCAGAAUCGUGCAAGCCCUGAGACAGAGAAUGUGUUCAAUGAUGAAUUCUGGGAGAAUCUUAGUGUUGUUGUCAAUGCUCUGGACAAUGUGAAUGCUAGGCUUUACAUUGAUCAAAGAUGCUUAUAUUUCCAGAAGCCACUUCUAGAAUCAGGAACCCUGGGUGCCAAGUGCAACACUCAGAUGGUCAUUCCUCACCUUACGGAAAAUUAUGGUGCUUCACGGGACCCACCUGAAAAGCAAGCACCCAUGUGCACAGUUCACUCAUUCCCUCACAAUAUCGACCACUGCUUGACUUGGGCUCGAUCUGAGUUUGAGGGUUUCCUUGAGAAGACACCGGCUGAAGUAAAUACUUAUCUAACCAACCCAAAUGAAUACGCAUCUGCAAUGAAGAAGGCUGGUGAUGCUCAGGCCAGGGAUAACUUGGAACUUGUACUUGAAUGCCUUGACAAGGAGAGAUGUGAAACCUUCCAAGAUUGCAUAAACUGGGCUCGUCUGAAGUUUGAAGAGUACUUUGCUAACCGCGUUAAGCAGUUAACAUACACUUUUCCUGAGGAUGCCACAAUCAGUAACGGGGCUCCAUUCUGGUCUGCUCCCAAGCGUUUCCCUCGCCCACUGCAGUUCUCAGCCGAUGAUACCAGCCACCUUUAUUUUAUUAUGUCAGGGUCUGUGCUACGUGCAGAGACAUUUGGCAUCCCAAUUCCUGAUUGGGUCAAGUCUCCUAGAAAACUGGCCGAUGCUGCUAACCAGGUGAUAGUCCCUGAUUUCCAGCCCAAGAGAGGUGUUAAGAUUGUGACAGAUGAGAAAGCUAGUAGCUUUUCCACUUCAUCCAUUGAUGAUGCUGCGGUCAUCGAUGAGUUGAUCAUGAAGUUAGAGGAACGCAGGAAGCAGCUAUCGCCAGGUUUCAGGAUGAACUCAAUUCAGUUUGAGAAGGAUGAUGACACAAACUAUCAUAUGGACCUAAUAGCUGGGCUUGCAAAUAUGAGGGCAAGGAACUAUGGCAUCCCUGAAGUCGACAAGCUUAAGGCCAAGUUUAUCGCUGGGAGGAUCAUCCCUGCCAUUGCAACCUCCACUGCUAUGGCAACAGGUCUUGUUUGCUUGGAGCUGUACAAGGUUCUGGAUGGAGGGCACAAAUUAGAGGACUACCGAAACACCUUUGCCAACUUAGCACUCCCUCUGUUCUCAAUAGCCGAGCCUGUUCCUCCUAAGGUGAUCAAGCACAAAGACAUGAGUUGGACCGUGUGGGACCGAUGGAUUUUGAAGGACAAUCCAACUUUGAGGGAGCUUCUUCAAUGGCUGAAAAACAGUGGCUUGAAUGCUUACAGCAUCUCUCAUGGGAGUUGCUUACUUUAUAACAGCAUCUUCCCAAAGCAUAAAGAGCGCAUGGAUAAGAAGUUGGUGGAUCUGGUUAGGAAUGUGGCCAAGGCAGAGCUGCCUCCAUAUCGGCAGCACUUUGAUGUGGUAGUGGCUUGUGAGGACGAUGAUGACAAAGAUGUUGAUAUCCCACAGGUUUCCAUUUACUUCAGGUAGGCAUUUUGAUGUAGUUAGUCGGAAAACUGAGAUUGUGGUCUUAGGACGAGAGCCCCAACUUCAGUUUACCUGAGCCAAUGAAUAGAAUGUCUGUUACAGAAACUUUUUUUUUUAACCUUUUAUAGGUUUUUGAGUCA